GGGGGACCGAAGAAGGCGUGCAAGGACUUUCGUCCAAGAGGAAGCGUGUAACGGUGAGAACGGCCUGUUUGAAGACUGAGUAGCAGAGAUGGGGAGUAGAAGAAGUGAGUCUUGGGGUAGGCAUGAGAGGAUGAGAGGUUACGAGAGCGGAGGAUGGGAAAGUCGGGAUGGUCGACAUGAGCGAAGAAGGGAACGAGAGAGAAGAUACGAUGAUAGACGUGGGUCAUCAGCCGAAGACUUUGGAAGGAGGAGCGAAGGAGUGAGACAGGUAAAGUGCUAUGAAUGUGGCGAGUUCGGCCAUUACAAGAGUCAUUGUCCUCGAUCACAAGGGAGGUAUGGAGGAGGUGGCGGUGCACUUACCGUAAGUCGAGAGUUGGAAGAAUCCUUGAGUUAUGUGGGAAGGAUGGCCAAGCAACUCCUAGAGCAACAAAAAGAAGCCGAGGAGGCCAAGCGGGAAGCAGAGAAAAAACUAAAGAAAGAGGAGGAAGAGAAAGCAGCGAAGGAGGAGGAGGUAAGGAUCGCUAUGGCAAAAAAACAAGCUAAAGAGGAUAAGGAGAAGAGACGAAGGUGGGAGUUGAAGAAAUUGUUGGCAGAACAACGCGAGGAGCACAAAGAGAAGUUCGAGAAGAUUGUGGGAUUGAGUCGUAAACUGAAGGGUGUGUCGAUAGAGACAAAGAAGAAAGACAAAGUGAAGGAAAUGCCCUCGUCGAGCUCUGAACAAGAUGACGAAGAUGUAGAGGAAGCCACUCCCUUGAAAGAUAAGAGGAAGCGCCGCGACUCGACAGGAGCCGUGGAAAACAGCCCCCCGGUUGAGACUCCAAAGAAGCUGGGGAAGAAGAAGGAGGUCGAGACACCGGUUAGCCAGAAACGAAAAGGGAGGGGGAGACCUACGAAAGCCGAUUCGCAAGCUGCUCAGCUAGCGAGAGGGGUGGACCCAUGGGAGGGAGUUCCUAUCGGAGAGAAGUACGCCACUGAAGUAGGUUACAGAAAAGCGGUAAGGAAAACCAUAGCUUCCUCCUACCCCGAGACACUGAAGGAGAUGUGCAAAGGUGCGAGUCUUCCUUUUUACGGCGUUAAUGACGCUGUUGAUACGCUGUUAGAACUAAGGGUGACCUAUUGUUUCGGAGACAAGAAGUCCCAGGGGUCGACGUCGAGCAAGCAGGGAGAAGAGGACCAGAUAAAGGGUGAAAUCCAAGACCCCCAAGAGGACCCUGACGAGUAGAGCAGAGGGAUGGAAGUUUCUCCUUGACUUUCUCGAGGAAAGGAAAUGGUGUAAAGUCAAUCGUGGA